AUGUGUAUGUGUAACUCUACUCGCGACUUUGAUUAUCUUAUGAUUCUGAAGUUUGUAGCCGAUAUUCUCCAUAGUACAUCUCUAGACCGGCUCCUGAUGGUCUCAGGCUCAGCAGCUGAUGUCAAACAUCCCGCUGCUGUCCAAGCUCUGAGACAAGCUGCCCAUAUUGCCUUGCCAUCUACGCCAUAUGCCAGUCAGGAAACCCCUGAAUGUUUCGGACCAUCGACCCAGCCUAGUCUCGGCAUGCACCUCCAGAUGCCACCAACCUCUUACGUCCUGCCAAGUUAUCUCAUGUCACCUGGCAGACUCGAUAUGCACAGUCACCAACAGCAUGAUCUUGGCUUUGCCGAUAUGACUUGGGCGAUUUCAAGGCGAGAUACCGAUUUGGUGUUUCCCUCUUUGCUACCUGCUCACGAAGCCGCCCAAGGUAGCAAUGCCCCUAUCACGGGCCCCUUCAUGAGCCCCCCCGUCUCGCAUCGUCUCUUUCGUCCGAUGAGGGGAUUGCAAGAUGCGUUUCUCGAUGCCACGUAUGCUCACAAGGUUGAUGUAGCAUCAGUGUAA